CUGAACAAUUGGAUUAAUUUGGAGCAAGUCAUGGGAGCUGAAUCGGAGAAAUGGGUGUUGAUGGUGACGGCGAGAACGCCAACCAACAUCGCGGUGAUUAAGUACUGGGGAAAGAGGGAUGAGAAGUUGAUUUUGCCGAUUAAUGAUAGCAUCAGUGUUACUCUCGAUCCGAAUCAUCUGUGUACAACCACCACCGUCUCUGUGAGCCCUAGCUUCGUUGAAGAUCGAAUGUGGCUUAAUGGCAAGGAGAUAUCACUUCAAGGAGGUAGAUUCCAAAGUUGUUUAAGAGAAAUUCGUGCUCGUGCUAAUGAUGUAGAGGACAAGAAAAAAGGCAUCAAAAUCAAGAAAGAGGAUUGGCAAAAACUUCACCUGCACAUUGCUUCAUAUAACAACUUCCCAACAGCAGCUGGUUUGGCUUCCUCAGCUGCUGGUCUCGCGUGUUUAGUGUUUUCCCUUGCCAAGCUGAUGAACCUGAAAGAAGAUAACAGUCAACUUUCUGCUAUCGCCAGGCAAGGUUCAGGCAGCGCUUGCCGCAGUUUAUAUGGUGGGUUCGUCAAGUGGAUCAUGGGGAAAGAGGAAAAUGGAAGCGACAGCCUUGCCGUUCAACUUGCAGAUGAGAAACACUGGGAUGAUCUCGUAAUCAUCAUUGCUGUGGUAAGUGCACGACAGAAAGAAACAAGUAGCACUUCAGGAAUGCGCGAUACCGUUGAAACAAGUGCACUUAUACAACAUAGAGCAAAGGAAGUUGUACCAGAGCGCAUAAUCCAAAUGGAAAACGCGAUACAAAACCGCGAUUUCCCAUCUUUUGCAAAGCUAGCCUGUACAGACAGUAAUCAGUUUCAUGCAGUUUGCCUGGAUACAUACCCUCCUAUAUUCUACAUGAAUGACACAUCCCACAGAAUAAUCAGCUGUGUGGAGAAAUGGAAUCGUGCAGAAGGAACGCCUCAGGUGGCGUAUACCUUCGAUGCAGGGCCAAACGCUGUUAUGAUCACACGUAACCGGAAAACCGCCGCCCUUCUCCUCCAACGGCUACUUUAUAACUUCCCUCCACAACCCGGUACAGAUUUGGACAGCUACGUAAUCGGUGACAAGUCGAUACUAGAAGAUGCUGGAGUUAAGGAUAUAAAGGACGUGGAAGCUUUGGCACCGCCCCCAGAAACCAAAGAUAACAUUGUAGGCGAGAAAUCAAAGGGCGACGUCAGUUACUUCAUUUGCACAAGACCCGGGGGCGGUCCGGUGGUGCUUUCCGAUGAAAUUCAUGCUCUCCUCGACCCACUCACCGGCUUGCCCAAUUGAAAAAGAGUGUUUUGUGAUCCAACUUCCCCUAAUAACACCUCUUGUAUGUUUGUGCAUCUUUAGUGUUCCAUUACGGUCAUGUACCCAUUACAUGAUAACAAAUACAACAUUCUCCAUUUAC